GGAGGCGGAAGUGGGGAAAACUGCAAGGGGAAAAACUGAGAGAAUUUUUUUUGUGAAAUCUCAGUUCUUUGGAAGUAGAAGGUUCUGUCUUAAAUGUUUGCUCAGAAACUAGUUAGAGAUAAAAACACAACGGAGUCACGACACCUAUAGUAUAGUUGUGUUCUGUGUCUCACCAACAGAAAUUUAAAGGUAGCACAUAUAUAGACACAGCAGUUCUCUUGUGAGUUUUUAGUACGCUAGCUACGUUGCUAGUAACUUUACAAACACACUACAAUCCGCUGUUCGCUAGCUAGCAAACGUGAGUUCAAUCGCUACUUGUUUUUAUUGUUCCCUCGAUUGCCGUUAGCUGUAUAAGGAUGCCGUUCCAUCUGUCUGCUGUAAACCAAGGACAUUAGGUCAGCUAGCAAGACAACGGAAUUUCACUAUGUCUCUUGGGGCAUCUAGUGUUUCGCUGUCCGCUAAGAAGGGGACUUUCUCAGCACUUCUGGCAGCCCAUGUGAGGAAGAGGCCUGCGUGUGGGAGCGAACGCGAGCUACAGGAGGCGGCAAUCCAGCUGCUGAACCGGAACCAGAACCUUCCGGAGUUGCUUCAGGAGCAGGUAGAUGCAACACCUUGUAAGGUGAGCUGCUUGGCAGAGGAGGGACUGAGAGGUCUCCUUGACAAAGAUGCCACACCUGGGACUGAGGGUUUGUGCACGCUUGGUGGUUCUCUCCUGGUGUGUGCCCUGCAGAGGGAGUCUGUGCGGUUGGGGGUUCCGGUGGGGGUGCUCUCGGCCAGGCUGAUGGCAGAUAAAGUGCGCAGGAUUUCGGGGAGCAGCGAGGGGGUCCUGCUGAACUCCGCCCAGAGGGCUGAGCUGGCGGUGUUGGUGAAGUCGACUCAAGAGCUGCGCUCUCUGGGAGCUUUUAGCCCUCAGCUCUUCUGCCAGGAACUCUGGAGUGUUCAGACGCUGCCCCCGUUAGAGGUGGCCUGGAGUCUGCACUCUGGGAACGUUCUCUCUCUGGGCACCAUUUUGGACAGUGAGGAGGGGGCGGGCCCCUGGCUGGAGCCGGAGUUGCGAGCUCUUUGUGGGCCGAUGGCUGCAGAGGAUGAAGACAUGAGACGGGAGGUUCUCACAGGCGUGGCUUCGGUGCUGAUUCGGGCGGGGUUCCAGGAGACCCAGGACCCUGGCACGACCGGCAGGAGACUCACCCAGGUGUGCAGGCGUGCUCUGGACAACAUGCUCUCCUGGGUGCUGGACAGUGUGAGUCAGUCACAGCCGGUGCAAUCCCAGCUACAAGUUGCAGAGUCAUGGGUGCAGGUGUUUGAUGUGUCCGUGUGCAGCGUGUCUGUCUGCAGCGAUGUGUUUCUGCGCUUCCUCAUCCACUCCCUCACACACACCCUCACCUACAAGCCACGCCUCAAAGUGUCUGAUGCCAUCGCCAUGCAGAGUGCCUGGAGCUUUGCUAAGACGUCUCGCUUGCUGACGCUGCUGUAUCGGAAGCUCUCGGUGCUCUCCAGUGUGGAUGAGCUGCUCUCUCACCUCCUGCAGGUGCUGGAGACUCACGAGGUGAACUGGCAGCAUGUGCUGUCUCACCUUUCUACUCUGUUGGUGUACCACCCAGAUGCCCAGCACAGCCUUACAGAGAUGCUGUCCCGUCUCCUGCGGUCUGCGUUCGAGGGCUACGAUCUGGAGAGCAUGAUCACUGCCUUCCUGCUCGCCCGCCAGGGGGCGCUGGAGAGCCCUGCCAUCUUCCCUCCUUACAGCCAGUGGUUCAAGAUGUCUUUUGGCAAUGCCAGUGGUUACCAUGGGAACAGUAAGAAGUCUUUAGUGUUCCUGCUGAAGUUCCUGUCGGACCUGGUGCCCUUCGAUCCCCCGCAGUACCUGAAGGUGCACCUGCUCCACCCCCCCUUUGUCCCAGCCAAGCACCGCAUCCUCCUGCUGGAGUACGUGUCCCUCGCCAAGACCAGGCUGGCAGACCUACGGGUGUCGGUGGAGGAGAUGGGGCUCUAUGAGGAUGUCUCCACAGCCACGGCACCAGUGCAGCCCCAGUGCCAGGCGCUUCAGGACGUGGAGAGGGCAGUCUCUAUUUUCGAGAGCACGGGGAAGAUCUCUGCAGCUGUGAUGGAAGCCAGUAUUUUUAGGAAGCCCUACUUCCUGUCCCGGUUCCUCCCAGCUCUGCUGACUCCACGAGUGCUUCCUGAAAUGGCCGACGCUCGAAUGGCUUUCAUUGAGUCACUCAGGAAGGCAGAGAAGAUUCCACCAUCUUUAUAUUCCGCUUACACUCAGUCCUGUGAGAGAGAGAGACAGAGACAGCUGGAAGGUGCAGGUGUUGAAAUGAGAGACCAGGAGCCUCAGGAGAGACUGCAGUGUGAACUUCAGGAGCUGAGGAGCGUGCUGUCCUCCCCAGGCAGAGAGCAAGACUUCCUGGCCCACCUGUCGCGGGUCUCGGAGGCGCUCGGCGCGGUCGUCCCGGAGACGGAGGACCGCUCUCCGGGGCAGCCUGCGGUCCUGCUCUGCCUGGACGCGCCCCCCCAAUCGGACCAGGAGAACAGAGUGGUCGACGUGAUGGUGAGGAGCUUCUGCCAGUGCCUGAUGGACGCCUCCAGAGUUAACCCGCCAAACAGGCAGGGUCCGUGGGCAUCGCAGUUUGUGAGGAUGCUACUGGAGCACAGGCAGCUGCUUCCUGCCCUGCUGCACCGACUGUGGGACCUGCUGCAUAACCAGGGGGCGUCACUAGGUGGUGCUCAUGUGCUGGGGCUGGCAGCGUUUGUGGUGCACCUGCACGCGUUCCAGUCCCAGUGUCCCGUGGUGGAGUCCAGCCCCGCCCUUCUGCCCCGCCCACUGCCCCUCCCUGAAGCACUGAGCACUGCCUUACGCUGCAGCACCCAGGCUGACAUGAGCUUCUGCCUGCGGUUCUGUGUGGCCGCAGUUUGCUACGGGCUCUCCCGAGGAGACUCAACUGAGCGCGUGCAGCAGUACGUUCCCAGCAGCCUCUACAGGAAGCUGCUUUACCUAAUCCCCAGACUGGUCCCAGGAACAAGGGUGGGGCCAGGACCUGUGGGGGAGGGGCUAGGACCAGAGUGGGAGGGGCCAGGACCAAUGGGGAUGGAGAGGGAGGAGCCUGUCCUCUGGAGGAAUAUCACAGACCCCAGCGCCUCCUGGAGGAGCUCAGCCUCUGUGCUGUGGGCACACCCGAGCUUCCACGCCCUGCGGACGCUGCCCCACUACCAGCUCUCGUUUUCUGAGUGGUUAGCAGCUGAACUCAGAGUACAGAGGAGCCAAGAUGCCCUGUCUGAUCCAGAGAGACAGGAGUACCAGCAGUGGAUGUGUCAGCAGGAGUAUCUCUCCGCUCCUCUGGAUCAGGGCGGAUGUGGGGGAGAUGUGAGGGUCGCCUGUGGCCACAUCCUCAGUGCGGUCCUGGAGCUGGAGACCGGUGCGCAGAUGGGACAGAGGCCCCAGUGUGGACGGAGAGGUGCUGACACCUGCCUCCCGGACGUCCUGUGCAGACUGCAGGAGCUGCUGUACGAGCUGGAGCUGGCUGCAGUCCCCGCUGGGGCCGGGGGGGAGGGGGGGCGCUUUCUGCUGGAUCUGAUUUGGGAGAAGUGCUCUGUGCCCGGCCACGUCCCGACUGCCAGCACUGACCUCAGCACUGUCCUCAGCACUGACCUGGCGCUUCAACAGGCUCUGCACGCCUGCAACAGGGUGAUGGUGGCGCUCCCAGUCACAGCACUGGUGACCGUACGGACUCAGGGAGGGAGAACGACACUGGACUGCAGCACCUUCAUGGAGCACGUGAACCACAGACAGAGGAACGUGUGCACCCCCGCGGGCCUGUUGCCGUACCCCCUCACCGCACACUUCUGCAGGGGAGUGCUGACUGCCAGCAUGCGCUGUGAUAGGCCGAGUCGGGUGGUGAAUGAAGCUCUGUCCCAAAUGCACCAGCAGUGUCCGCUGCUGCUCGUUUCAGCCGUGCGCUGGUGGGCGUGGCUGGGUCCUGUACUCGUGUCUCUAUGGAGACGCCUGAGUGAAGACCCACUGCCAGAGGAACUCCUGCGUUUGGCUGACUGCUACACCUGGGCCUGCAGCGCAGUGAGGGCGGAGUCACGGCCCCGCCCCUCAGCCCCGCCCCUGCUCCUGGCAGCCAGUCUGCACUGUGCAGGGGGGCGGAGCCUCAGCACAGCGUUGGAGCAGCUGGGCCAGCAGAGGCAGCAGGUGCUGGUGUUCCUGCUCUUCUUCUUUAUAACAGACCUGCUUUCUGCCCUCCUGGAGCCCCAGGAAAAGAGUGUUGAGAAAGCUCGGGGAUUAUGUUUAGAGAUCCUGACACACCUGCAAGACUGUACCGACUGGCUCCCUCUGUUCCAACCACCUGGUGCAGAGCAGGGCUCGUACCAGGCGGUGACCAUGGCAACCACUGACAGGCACGCACGACUGAUGCCCCUGGGCUUCUACAGUUUGAUCCCGCACCUGGACGGCGAGGUUUCGGGGCGGUUCGCGAGAGCCCCCGGGUUCCUCCUCUGCGCCCUGCGCUGCUACUCGGCCCUGAGCGCCCUCUUCCUGGACGGCCGCGCCCCCGUCCCCCGCGCGGACCCCACGCCCGCACAGGCGGACCCCCUGGAGAUCGUGGCGAGGGCUCGGCGGGCGCUGUUCCGGAUCAUCGCUCUGAGUCCAACGCCCUGCGUCUCCCACGGCCUCAGGAGACAGCUGCAGGAGGCGUGUGGAGAUCUGGACCCCGAAGUGUCUGCUGCCCUGUCCUCCCACCUGGCCCCGCCCAGCCCUGACCACGCCCUGCGGGAGCUGGACUUCCUGUGAGCAGCUGUGCGCCCCCAGCCUGGGGGGCGGGGUGGGGAACCGCGACCGUCCCCCAAAAACAGCGGCCGGCCUCCGGAACCCCGAGCGGAAUAACGCAGCGCUGAGCAGCUUUGUGUAUUUACACCUUUAUUCGUUUUUCACGCGGUAGAGAAAGGCUGCUCUGCCGGGGGCGGGGCCAGUAACAGGGGCGGGGGGAGGGGGGUCACAUGGGUGCAGCAUAAACAUCUGCUCGUGACGGACUCGAGUGCUCUCUGUUCUAUACACAUAUUCACAGAUUUUACUCUUCAUUUUACAGUUUAUAAACAAUACUAGCCUCCUCUAAAAAAAAAGGUGGUUCAUUUCAUCGAUAAGGUUCAUCUCUGUUUUUUUUUAAAGGCUGCAUAAGAGGACAGCCUCUCGCCUGGACACGCCAGCCAGCGAGACAGUUUCACUGCGCCCACUGGUAGUUCAGGAGAUGCUAAACAAGAAAGGAAGAUAAUAAAAACAACUGGUGGCAGGGUA